AUGAUUCCUGAGACAACAGAUUUUGGGAGAGCGCAGAGCCGUUGGAAAAAGAUAGUUAAUGCACUAAAAUGUCCGGAAGACAUAAGCAUGAUGGUUGCUGAAGUCUCCAAGCCUAAGAUACAGAGGGUUCCAGAUUGCAUGGGAGGACGUUUAGAGUUCCAAAAUCUAUACUUGCCCAACCUUAUCUCAAUUGGUCCAAUACAUUUUUUAAAACCCUACGUUGAGGAAGGAGAGUUGCACAAGGUUGUGUGGACGGCAACGUAUCUCAAAAACACCGGCCAAACCUACCAUGAUUUACUAGAAAAAACUGGCAAUUCAUUUCACCAACAGUUAGCGAGCAUGUUCGCAGAAGAGUGCUGGAAAUACGACGAGAGCCAGGAUCUGCGACGGUCCAUGCGAGUGGAAGAAAUGUUAGUGGUGGAUGGGUGUUCGGUGCUUCACGUGUUGGAGAAAUCCGUGGAUUCGGAUUAUCCAGAAAAAGACCUGAAGAUUAGCAUUGGGCAGCUGACGCAGGCGCAUCACGAUAUGGUCCUCUUGGAGAACCAAAUCCCUUACCAAUUGCUGAAGCUGUUAUGCAAUGACAAAGCGAGGUUAAAGAGAUGCAUGCACAAUUUCCUAUUAGUGAAUGGUAUCGGGCAGGAAUCAGACGGGAGAGUGUCAGAGGAGCACUUCAUAACAAUAGAAGAAGAUGAGCAAGACAAAGAGGAACCGGUUCAUCUUCUAGACUAUUUGCGAAGGGCGGUAUUGGGAAGGGGGCGAGUCCAAAGCUGUAGGGAAAUAAAGAUGGCGAAUAGAUGCCUGCACCUCAGAAAGUAUAGGAUUGGGAGCGUUCGGGAGCUAAAGGUGGCAGGGAUUCGAAUAACUAAAUCUUCAAAUUCUUUCUACCCAAGUUUCAUGGAUGGAGAUCUACAACUUCCUCCUGUAGUGGUGGAUGGUUCAAUGGCUCUUAUUUCCAUGAACCUUGUAGCGUACGAGAUGUGCCUAGGGUUUCGGAACGAUUUGGAGAUCACCUCACUUCUUGUCCUUCUCUGCUCUCUCAUUCAACAACCAGAGGAUGUGAAGGAGCUAAGGCGUAUGGGAGUGCUUCGUAACCGACUUUCCAGUGAUAAAGAGGUGGCGGACGUCUUCAACAAGUUGGAUGUGUUGCAGUUGCCGGAGACUGCUGCCUUUGCUCAUUUGAGACAGCAGAUUCAAGUUCAUCUUAAGGCCAAACGUGGUAGGAUCAGAGUGUUGCGUUGGAUGGGAGAGGCGUACCAUACCUACUUCCGAUCUCCCUGGACCGUCACCGCCUUGUUAGCUACCAUGCUAGGCCUUUCCCUCACCUUAAUCCAGACCUUCUAUGCUGUCCGCUGUAAAGGUUCCUGA